UUCGAUGGAUCAAAAGCUAGUCCAGGCGCUGUUGGAUAAUUUUUAAAAUAGAACUGUUAAACUAUGAAACUUGGCAAACGAAUUCAUGACAAAUGUCUGGAAUAAGUCACUGUGAGAAGGUGUAGUGGCCUUGAAUCCGGGACAGCUUCUUAUUUGGUUGUUACGGUCGUCCCCUUUCACUUUGACAUUUUUUUGGCUAGCAGCGCAAAAAUUCCGAGAACUUUCUAGUGUGUGAGAACUGAAGUUCGAGAACUUCUAGUGGAGAGUUGCUAACUGUUUUUUCGACCACGUUCGAGCACAGUAGGCGAGUAACUGUCGAACACGUCACAAAUAUUAUAGCUGUAAAAAAACUCUUUCGAAUAUCACUUUUGUGAGUGAAUCUUAUCAGUUUGGUGUAAUUAAUCAGCGAAUUUUUGUAGUUAAUUGUGUCUAUAAACUGUUCGGAGUACUUCAAAAUUGUGCAUGCAUCUUACGCGUGCAUGACGCAACAAAAAUUAAACAUCGCUCGCCAUGGAGUCUCCAAACAAAGACGACCUAAAAGGAGAUUGGCAUGAAGAAAAUUUAUCAGAUACAGAAGACGACGAUCUGUGGGAAGAUAGUUGCGAUAGCUGUUUUCUGUGCGAUAAUCCCAUGGAACCCUCGGAAUCGUGCGUGGUAAAAAAACGAGGCAUCAGUAGACUAAUACAGUCGAGUAUAAAACGGAAUGAUGGGAAAGAUCUGAAGCUGCGAACAUUGCGAGAAGUGGCCGUGCAUCAAACUUGUCGAAGAAUGUAUUUACGGGAAUCGAAUAUAAAAACACCGUUGAAGAAAUCCAACGUCAGGACCGUUAAGGCCAAGGAAGCAGGGGGGAAAAGAAGGCUGGUCGGGUUGGCCGCUGAAGUUAUAUUGCAAGACAUCCGAGCACGGAAAUUUGGUACAGACUCGUCAACUAAUUCUGUAAAUAACGGAACUGGAGGCAUUCCAGAAACGUUGAAAUUAUUUCUCGACAUUUUAAUUAAAACGCACAAACGAUCUUCGAAGGGCAGGCGCUGGGCAAAGUGGGAGAAAAUAAUUAUUGCUGUCGCCUAUAUUUUAAUAUCUUUUGUCAUACCGCAAACAUUUAUUUCUCCAAUUGUAUUAGAACUUUCGAAUAUGGUCCUCGCUAAAUUUGCCGAAAAAGUUGAAGCUAACGGAUUUGACAAUUCGGUCGAGGAUAGCCCGUCGAAUUUCCAUUCGAAACGAUCGACCGGAAAGAGAAUAUUGAUGGAAUGGUUGACUUACGAGACGUCUCGACGUCAGGUAAAAGAAUAA